AUGGCGAUGGCUGUUGUGCGUCUGGCGCCUGGAAUCAUCUCUGAGUCGUCUCAGGCCGCUGCUGUGCGUGAUCCUCCUGAGGCAGGCAGUGGUGGCAGAAACGUGCAAGUUCCAGACAGUGACGAGGAUGCUAUUAGCGAGGAUAUUGGCGGUGGCAUUCGAGGUGCUUCGGUUUGCAACGGUACUAGCGGUUCUAUUCGUGGUGAGAAGGGAGGAGUAGGGAGUCAGUACGGUGGCUGUGAUAGAGGUGAAGGGGAGGGUGGAGGCGACUGUGACAGUAAAGAGGGUGGAGACGAGGGUUGUGACAGUAAGGAGGUUGGAGGCGAGGGUUGUGAUAGUAAGGAGGGUGGAGGCGAGGGUUGUGACGGUAAGGAGAGUGCGGAUAUGAGGGCAUUUUUGGACGGUUUCAAUCUGAGCGGUGAAGCAGAAUCAGCGUGGCAACUGGAAAGUAGUCCUGCAAAAGUGGAGGCAGCAAAGUCAACUGACGGACCUCCUGCAACUGACGGACCUCCAGCAACUGACGGACCUCCAGCAACUGAAUUGCCCCUGGCAGUAACUCCUGCUGCUGAAGCUCCCAGCAACUCUCAGCCUCCUGACACCCGUCUGACAAAGAUGAAUAAAAGGCGGAGGGGCAAUUCUGGGAAAAUUGAAAAGAGCACGGUGGAGAUUGAAGGGACAGAGGGCAGCACCCGUCGUGAAAGGGAGAGGACGGUGGAUGUAGAAUUGACAGAGGGCAGCACACGUGGUGUAUCAGAAGCAGUGCGAAGCAGAAACGAAUGCAGGGAAAGUCCUCAGCAGAAGCGUCGCAAGGGUGGGAGAGCAAGUGGCUGUGUCGCUGCUUUGCCUGUUGCAGGAGGUGCAGCGGAAGCAGCAGUGACCAGAAAAACCGCAGUCAGGGAAAGCCCUCAGGCCGAGCGUCGCAAGGGUGCGAGAGCGAGUGGUUUUGGCGCUGCUCGUGUAGAGGUAGCAGCAAGGCCACUUUCACCCCAAGCAACAGGUGUUGCAGGAGGUGCAGCAGCAGAAGCAGCAGCAGCAGCAGCAGAAGACACGGUGUUCCCCGAGCGCCAGGCCAUGGACUUCUCACCCUGCGGCUCUUGCCUCUACCUCGCUAACUACUUCACCCUCCCCCCCGCCCCCCUCUCCCCGCCAUCACUCUCUAACAGCAUCUCGACCACUGCUUCCCUCCGUUCGUCUCCUGCUCUAUCUGCCUGCGUCCCACCGUUCCGCUCCCUCUCAAGCCUCUCACGCUCACCUGCUGUUCUGAAGCUCCCACAGAUGUGGGCUGUAGUAGUGGUGAGGAGGGGGAGGAAUGAGGAUGGGAGGGGUGUGGGAGAGGAGACGAGUGGGGGAAAGGAGAUGGGGACGGGUGCGGGAGAGAAGGGCAGGGAGGGAGGGGGUAUGGAGGGUGGAGGCACGGAGGGAGGAGGGAGGGAAGGAGGAGGCAUGGAGGGAGGAGGGGGGUGGGUGGUGGUGGCAGCAGGGGAUGGUGGUCACCCCUGGCCUGGUACCACCUCCCCCCGGCCUGCUACAGAACCCACCCCUUCCACCGAGUCAUCUCCCUGGCUGCUGUGCCCCAACACACACUCGUUCCCCACACCCUGCCUGUGUGUAUCACCUGUCACAGGUCACCCCUCGCCAGAUACCACCUCCCCCCGGCCUGCUACAGAGCCCAUCCGUUCCACCGAGUCAUCUCGCUGGCUGCUGUGCCCCACCGACCUGGAUGGCUGCUGGGCUGCUCCCACGGUGGCUCUGUUGCCCUCUGUCAUCUCCCUGGCCGCUGAGCCCUGCCUGCUGGCGUGGAUGGGUGCUGAGGUGCUCGCAUGGAAGCUCAGUUGCCCCCUGGCCCCCACCGGCCUGGAUGGGUGCGGGGGUGCUCCCACGGCGGCUCUGGUGCCCUCUGGUGAGUCAACACGAGUCAAUAGAUUUAAGCAGGUCAACGGAGUCAAGCCCACCCCUUCCACCGAGUCACCUCCCUGGCUGCUGUGCCCCACCUGCCUGGAUGGGUGCUGGGCUGCUCCCAGGGAUGUGGAUCACCGUGUGCUGCUGACUGCAUGGCACAGCCUCACACACUCCAUUCUCAACCUGCACGUCUGCUCACUCCCCCCUGCCCCUGCUGCUGCUGGUUCUGCUGGUGGUGGUGCUGCUGCUGCUGCUGCUGGGGAAAGGGCGGACAGCAGGCAAAACGACGCAAAUGAGCAACAAAACAUGUUGCCUGAAGAAGAGUGCAAGAUCACAGUAUCAACAGCGAGUGUGGGGGCCAAUCAGCAGAGGGUGGUGGUGCGGGCACCACAGCCACAGCCACAGUCAGGCGGACACAGGCUGGCGUUUCUGAGCGCCAAAGGGAUGGUGGUGGGGAGGAGCAUAGCGGACAGCCGUGGUGGUGGUGCGGGCACCACAGCCACAGCCACAGUCAGGCGCACACAGGCUGGCGUUUCUGAGUGGCAAAGGGAUGGUGGUGGGGAGGAGCAUAGCGGACAGGUGAGCACUGAGCUGACGCGCAUAGGUGGAAUGCGGUAUCAAGAUGUGCAGUACAAUCUGCUGUUAGCAAGGCUGGUGGUGCGGGCACCACAGCUACAGCCACUGUCAGGCGGACACAGGCUGGCGUUUCUGAGUGCCAAGGCGAUGGUGGUGGGGAGGAGCAUAGCAGACAGGUGA